GAAAAUGAUAAUCCUGUAAUCUGUUGUAGCAAAUGAAAUGCAGUGAAAGAAGCUUAAACCCUGGACCUCCACGAAGCAGAAAUGCUCCGCCCUAUCGCUUCCCCUUUGCCAUCUCCCCCUCCCAUCAAAUUCAGCUCCCACCACCGCCCAACUCCCCACAAACCCUUCAUACCGAAUCACCCCGCCAACACAACCCUAAACCAACGAUUCACCCCAUCAAUCACCAAAUUCUGCAGUCUCUCCGCGCAAUUCGAUGAUUUCUCCGGAAGCGACUGGGAACUCGGCGACGAAGAAAUCGAAAUUCCCGGAGACGACGACGAGGGCUGCCCGUGGGAAGGCGCGAUUCUGUACAGACGGAACGGCGCCAUCUCGCAUUUGGAGUACGCCACCACUCUUGAGAGCUUGGGCUUAGCAAAGGUCUCUUCGGGCCUGUCCAGAACUCGGGCUUUCGAAAUGGGCUUGCGGCUGGUGAAGCCCGUGACCGAUUAUCCGGACGGGACACCGGUUUUGAUUUCGGUGGAUGUGACGCGGAGGAAGCACAAGUUGAGGCUGGAUGGAAUCGUUCGAACCGUCAUUGCUCUCAAUUGCAAUAGGUGUGGCGAGCCAGCUGCUCAGAGCGUCUACUCAAACUUUGCGCUUUUAUUGUGUGAAGAACCCAUAGCUGAACCGGAGACCAUAAACAUAGGUAUGAUAUUUGGGGAAGAGAAGCUGAAAACUUUUGAAACAGAGGAAGAUGAUGAUGCUUCAAUCGACUUAGAUGAUCAGUUGUAUUUUCCUCCUGAACAAAAAGUCAUCGACAUCUCAAAGAACAUACGGGACAUCAUACACGUAGAGAUCACGAUUAGCGCUGUCUGCGAUCCUAACUGCAAAGGAUUGUGUCUGAAAUGUGGUGCCAAUCUCAACAUUAGCAAGUGUACAUGUAGGCAGCAGAAGGUUGAGGAGAAGGCUCAUGGACCCCUUGGAAAUUUACGAAAACAAAUGCAGCAAACGUGAUAUUGGAAUUUUUUCUUCUUUUUUUAUUCUCCCCUUUUAUGUUGUAACUGGUAGUAACAUUAUUAUCUCAAUAUGAUUGAAGUUUUGUAUCA